AUGCCCAUUACUGAUGAGGAUCGGCAGGUGUGCACCCCGCUUGACGGACCCUUCUCCUCCGAGGAGGAGCCCCAGGUGCCACAAGCCAUGUGCAACGCCGAGUUCCGCAAGUCGGUUGAUGAAAGUCAGGUGCGGGAGUGGCAGGAGGAGGAGACAGCUUACUUGAAGCAUGAGGGCUGGUGCGAGAACCGCCUUAUCAUCCUCAUGCAAGAGGCAUUCCGAUGCAGCAGCCAAAACCUGAAGCAGGAGUUCCACUCCGGCGCCAUUUCGGCAGCUGAAUAUGCCACCCGUGCGGCAGGGCUCAAAGAUUCGCUGCAGCGGAUCAAGAAAGAGUAUCGCCGAACUCUGCUGCGUACACGAGAUCGAAAGGGCGACUUGCCCAGCAUUGCGAACAAGGCUGUCACGUGCAUCGCUUCCGUGUACCCAUGGUGCAGCAGCGGCUUUAUAUUGGGGUUUGAGGAGAAUGUGAAGUUUGGGGAGUUGGCGGACAUGGUGGGUUGCGGGGGCCGACGUUGCGCCCAACUGACGCCCACAAUGUCUCAGCAGUCCACCCAUGUCGCCCUGGCUCCUUCUCUUGACGAGGCUCCCAUGUCAAAGGUGCCGUUCUCUGCCGUGUACCCCGAGCAGCCUAAUGCGCCCGCGCCUCCGAGUGGUGGUCAGGCGGCCCGGCGUCAUAGGCAGCAUCUCACCGCGCCUCGCGUCACUGUCCCUCCUCUACAGCCUCUUUGCCAGCUCUUUCCGAAUGGGAUGACUGUAGGUGGGUCUCCGCUCCUGAUGUCCCCGCACACCGCGACCUUGGCCGGUGCCGUCUCACCUGCUAGCGGAUCUGUGCUGGUGGAGAACUCAAACCGCAGCUUCUUUGUCGUCUCCCCCAAAUCCCUGUCCCCCAACUUGCAGGCAUCGGUGCCACCAGCGUCGAUAGCUGGCCCAGUUCAUAACGACGAGCUUCGAUUACUAGAGAAGUGUCAGCUGGUUGUGCAGGGGAUGGCUUUUGUGUCGCAUUCGUUAGCGUCGAGCAUUUUCAUCUCGAGUCGGCGCGCCACUAUCGCGUCGACUCGGAUGCAAAAGCGACUGGAGCUUGCCAAGGACCAGGUGCAGUUUUCAGCGUCGUUUUCAGCGCCCUGCGCUACCGUGGUGGGUGCGCCAGCUUUCCCACCCCCACCUGCCUCCCUCAUGACGAACAUCUCUUUUCCGAAUAUUAACUCGAUGAAACUUGACAUGAGAGCUGCAGGCUCCAGAGCGACCACUUUGGGCCGUUGCAUCAAUCACGUCAUGCCCUGCGCGUCGCUGCUCCGCGCUCCUGGGGGCGACUCCUUCCGCGCAGACCCCUCCUCGCACGCUCCCGGAGAACCCAGUUCUCCCGCGUACGCACAGGCAGUGGCCGCUUCGGGCGAGUACUCUGUGGGAUACCCUAUGCGCUUGCCGUCGUGCCACCCUAGCCAGGUUGGAUGCAAUAACAUGCAUCGAGACCGCAGGAGCCUCUACUCACUUUCCCUUUCGAUGCCGCCUGUGUCACUGGAGGAGGAAAAGUAUGUCAAACAGCUGUGGUGA